ACGUUUUGGUGGGCCCUUCUAUUCCGAUAGAGGCUAGUGGGCGCUUAGUGACAGUGGAUCGAGGAACCGCAAUUUUUCCCACACUUCUGUGCCUCCGCGACUCUCAAGAAGGCAGACGUACAUCACAAGGAUCGCCUUCUACAACAGAAGGAAUCUCUGCACGUUGAUCUAUCCGCCAUACGACGAUUUCCGCAUUCCAAGCCCCUUUCGACAUACAUGGCAAUCAUCGAGGAAAUUGCUGGAGACGAGGAUCAGCAGGACUCCUCCCUCAGAACAGGGAAUAACAUACAGUCUCUGAUGGAAGCUUUGAGGAUCCCAGAGGAAUGGGCACGACAAGAAUGGGAAACUGAUGAAGCUACUGUCAUGUCACUUGCAUUAUGGAAAGUAAAAGCAGCAAAUAUAUUGCUCCAAUUGAAGUCCAUGCCUCUCGACAAUCUGGCAAAUAAACCGGUCUUCAUCAUGGCCGUAGCUGCUUUCGAUGGUGACGACAAGUUCUCUUCCCCAGAAUGUCCACCUCUCAGCAAGGCUGCUCUCGAGAGGUUUAAACCGUACGUUAAUUCUGAUAUUGUUCGUGAGGUGCUCUUAGAAGGCAUCAAGCCAUUGUUUCAAUAUAAUCCACACAACCGUGUCAACCUAUCCACAGGAAGAAUUCUUCCUCGACCAGCGGGCGGAUUAUCUGCAACGCAGGACAUGUUUGAGGAUCAACAGUGGAAGACGAAAGGCAUCGGUAGUUGGAAUGUCUUGAGAUGGUGCAUUCGUCAGCUCCCCGCAGAAGACUUUGAAUCCGUCUGGCCCCUCGUAGUUCCACCUCUCAUGACACUAGUGGACGAUUUCGACCCCCCUUUCAAAAUCCGAGGAAUUGACAUAUCCCACGAUCUACUACAAAAGUUGGACGCUAGUCUCUUGAAAAGAACGGGUCUUGAUACCCUCCUCUCUGCCUCUUAUUCUGGCGCACUCACUUUUCAAAAGUCGCCCGAGACUCCCCGUAUACUGACAACGACAGUCCCCGCCUUUUUGAGCCUCAUCGAGAAGACUUCUCAACCAGAGAGCGAGGAGUGCUUUGAACGAACAUGUGGACUUCUAGUUGCAGCAGUGAUUAGUGGCGCAUGGACGUACGGAGGGAAUGAACCACUCACGAUGGAAGCAUCCGUUCAGGUCCUUCCCCAACUCAUUCGAGCACUUGGUCUCGGUAGCGCUAGAUUCCUCAAAGCUCUCGUCCCCCAAUUGUCAGAUAUGCUUGUUACCAAGCCUGCCCUCAAACCAAACCCACGAAUACAAAUUCUCAGUGCGAACUCUCUCUCGACACUCAUGCGAGUUUGUCAACCAAGGAUCGGAUUUUGGAAGUAUCGAAUUCUAGAUCCCUUGCUCCGAUCAUGGGUUCAGCUGAAGGAGCAAUCAUCGGUAUCCCAAUUAGAUGCGGAGUUGCUUCAAGCGGCACUCCAGGAAUUAGCUCACGCGUUUAUGCAUGCUGUUCCAUCACUCACUCGGGUAUGCAAACAGAGGAUCACUAGUUCAUUAUAAGCUCACCUCGCCACCUUAGGUUGAGAUCCCCCGGAUACUGAAGGAAGAUACGGUCAUGUUCACAGACUUGUUCAAGAUAAAGGGUAUGGAUGCACGUCUAGCAGGUUUGUACAAGGAGAGCUCAUAGCAGGUGAACGUAUUCACGGCGGGGAGAAAUGAUCGCAAUGGGUUUACUGGAGAAUUCAGUGAAGUCACCACCUUCAUAUGCUACGAGAUCCCCUUGGCGCUCCAAUCCAAGAAUCUUCUCAAGAUUGGAAGAGGCGAGCGCAAUCGCCUCUCGCUUGCUGAUUGUCCCAUUUGCUUCGAAUCCAGUCUCUGAUUGCGUGCUUCCCAUUCUUCUACAACACCGAGACCCACUGUGACACCGUGUCUUAGGAGGAGGCCAAUGGAACUCUCAGGAGUCAGGGGUGGACCGGGC